AGUGGAUGUGCAAGUGUAGCUCUGUCAAUUUGGGCGGAGAGAGUGCCAUAGAUUAAGGUGUAAAUGCCAUCCCUAGUACGAGUCAGUCCGUGAGGCAUAAGGUUGUUAUGGCGGCUGCGGGGACCAACGGCGCUGACCCGACAGGUUUAGAGAGAGGUCUGACAUCAUCAGGGAGCUGCAUGGUUCGCCGUGCGGCUGCCAGGGUACUGCCAAGUUUGAAUUCAAAUCGCCAAGCGUGCACUUGGUGCACUACUGCCAAAGGCGGGACACAUGAGUCGGUCAGUGUUGGAAGGAAACGAAGCCAUGCUGAAUCCCUGCUUCCUGUCAAGCCAAUGAAGGAACAUGUCCUGCCCAUCACCCCACCCCUCAAGAAACCAAGCACACCAGGCAGCAUGAAGCGAGCCCACCACCAAGCCUUCCCACCCACACCACGCACUGGGGUACAUUGUGAAAAAAAAAAAAAAAAAAGGAAGUGGAAGGUGGAUCAUGAAUAGGUAUACCAAAGAAGACACAGCACCAGGUUCUGGGGAAUGCCCUAGAAAUGAGAGGACUCAAUUUGCAAUUUGCAGUCCUGUGCAACUUGGUGAGCUGCCUUCAGGUGACAGAAUACUGACCAAUGUUAAUAUGAAACAUGUUUCAGAGCAAUUGUCAAAGCUUUCUUACACCAUGUGCCUUCUUUUGCAAACUUGCUUUCAUACCACCCUUAAUGCUUCCAUGCUUUCAUAGGAUUGAAGCAGUGUAAAAAUACUUAUAGUAUAACUUUUCAAGUAUUUGGGACAAACCUGACAGCCUAGCACCUCUUUUACUUCUGACAAAAUAAUGAGGUAGCCCAUAUUGCCUGUAAGCUCUUUUAAAUUAUAUUACCAAUGAUUUGGAUGAUUAACCACUAGGCUUAGUACUUUCUGGAGGCCAAUAUGACUGGCCCCUGCUCUUGGCAGGUAAAAAAAAAAAAAGAGUUCCCUGCUGCCAUUCACUCACUACUCAUCUACAACAUCUUACUGUUAACAGUUGGCAUUUCCUUUAUUAUGAGUAACAAGUUGUCAAAGGAGCUUCUCUUAUACAUUGUAUGCAUAAUUACCAUUCUAUAAAUGGUAAUGCAUUAAGUGAAACACAACUCAUGCAUAUAUGUAUUUUUUUUUUUUAAAUGUGUAAUAAGUGUCACACUUCAGCUAUUUAGGGAGCAUAUAACAUAAUUUUAUGCAAGUACUUAAAAAGAAUGACCUACACAAAUGAAAACAGUGAGUCCUGUAAUAAAGGUGAGACUCUAAACUCCCAAAUAGCUGUAGUAAGGAGACCCAAAUAUUGCUGUUGGACAUUUGCUUUUAUCUGAUUCCAAAGACACCAGAAUAUAACCCAAGGAAGAGUGUCGACUACAUGAGAGAGAAAAAGUAGCUGUGUAGCGGUGAAGAAAUUCUGUAGAAUCCAAUGUUACAGACAAGCUCUAUAUCAAUGCCCACACCUAUAAUAUGAGAAUCCAGUGUUACAGACACAAACUGCAUCAUUGUAAAUAUCAGCACCAUAGCCAAGCAUUGUACUCUUUAAUUCUGCAUCUAAAAAUAGGUAUUAACCAAUACUGUCCAAAAAUAUGUUUUCAUAAGAAUUUUUUUGUUAUUAAUGCAGCAUUGUUUUUAUGAUCACUCUCUUUUAGGAAUAUAACUUAAGUUUCACUUUUACCUUGUUUUGUGGUGGCAGUGAUUAAAUUUCGUAAUCUGGCAAACAAAAUCACGUAAAAGCAGAAAGCAUAUAGGGCUAGCAGAUCAUGUGAUGUCCAAAGGAUACCAUCUUGGAAAAUAAUGUUACUGCACCUCCAUCAACUAACACAAGGGAAGCUGCCUUUUCUCAUUUAAACAGAUAGAUGGCUGUGCCAUGCAUGUUAUUGUUGAUACAAUAAAAGUCUAUUAAUAUGACAAUCAGGGGACCAAGAGUGUGUCAGAUUAUCAGUUUCAUCAGAUUAUCUGGAUGUAUUCAUGAAAAUGCCACCAUGCCAGGACCUCCAUAUAACUUUAGACAGUUUUGGGUUUCACUCAUCCAAAUCUUUUCUCAUGUUGCCUGUAUUCCUCUGUUGAAAUAAGUAGUGAAUUGAUUGAUAUUCUACAUCAUUUCAAUCACAAAUACAGUGGACACUUGGAUGUUGAACACCCUGGACUUUGAACAAAAAUUUUGAUAAAUUGUACCCUCGUAGGUCAAACAAAAUUCAAACUUCGAAAAACCCGAAGGCAGCUGAAUCAAGGUGAUGUUAGAGGCGUUGACGGGAGGUAAACAUCAGUACCCUUUUUGGUUCCAUGUUGUCACCCUGCUCUUAUUCCUACCUGGGGUAAGGGAAUUUGACCAGUUUCUCAUUUGACCAGUGUCACUUAACCAGGUUGGAUGCUUGAGUAAUAUCUCAUAUAAGUACACUGAUUUCAUAACAAAACAAAAAUAUUUUUUAACUACUGUGGUGACAAGUUGUAACAGAUGUGAAACCAAGAAUACGCAAGACUAACUGAUUAUGCUAAUGGUAGUGCUGUCACCACCAUCUACAUAUGCUUUGAAGUUCACCACCAAAAGGUGAAUAAUAUUGAUUUUACAAAAUUCAGUUCUUAUUUACUUAGGUAAAAAUCUUGGGUCUUGGAACAGAUUAAAAUUAUUUACAUUGUUUCUUAUGGGGAAAAUGGUUUUGGAUCUCAAACAAUUUCGAAGUCAAACAGCCUUCUGGAACAAAUUACAGUGGUGCCUCACAAUAACAGAUUUCGCUCAAUAAAGGACUUGACUAACCUAACCAAACCAAUUUUGUGGGGGGGACCAUUAUGGCAGCUUUCAUUUUUCCCUCAUGAAACCAUAGUUCCUGAGUGGCUGUGGGAACAACUACACAUAUGACAUGAUAAACAAGCUAGAUACCUCUGUAACUCAUUUUAUUCGUCUACAAUUUACAAAACUUGUAAUUAGGUGGAGAGUGGUGACUGUUUGCCUAUGAGGGUCACUGGAGUGACACUCAUGUGGUGAUUUGUGGUCCCAGGUUGGUUGGACCUGCAGCCUGCCGAAGUGAAAUGCUAAUUAUACAUUUAUGUUUGAAUGUUGCUGGGCAAAUGAGAAUAAUGACAUUGCCAUACAGA